AUGACCAGGAAUUCUGAGAUAUCAGACGUAGUACCUCUUGAUUCUGAACUUGAAAGAACCAUCACACGCCUCCGACGACAGCAAAGACAGAUGGAGAACAACCGAGAUUUUGCUCUUCCUGAUGGUGUCGAAGGCAAUGCUGACUCAACCUUUGCCCAGUACAACACGCCUAAGCACACUGAGCUUUUGGCUGGUAUUCGAUUACCGUCCAUCGACAUGUCUGGUUUCGAGCUGAACCCGACUACUAUUCAGAUGUUGGGCAACAAUGCUUUCCGGGGUAGGCCGAACGAAGAUCCGAACGCACAUUUAACUCGCUUUAAGAUGAUGUGUCGUUCUAUCAAGAGAGACAACAGGGUGACAGAGGAUACACUUCGCUUAAUUGCUUUCCCCUGGACUCUCCUGGAUGCUGCUUUGGAAUGGUGUUAUGAUUUGAUACCUGAUUCCAUCCACACCUGGGAACAGUUGGAAGUGCAGUUUAUGUCAAAAAAUUUCCCAGCUCACCGUACUCAAGCCGCUCUUUCUGGCAUUCAUUCAUUCAAGCAGCCAUCCACACCUGGGAACAGAUCAUGGGAAAGUCUUUAUGAAGCUUGGAAGAGGUACAAGGGAUAUCAAAAGUCUUGCCCUCAUCACGGGCUAGAUAAGAACUACCUGAUCAACACCUUCUUCCGAGGACUCAGGAUGGAUACCAAGACCUUGAUCCGGGCAUCUUGCGGUGGGAGCAUCCAGAACAAGUCAUUCGCUGAGCUAGAAGAACAUAUUGAGAUGAUGGCCCAAGAAGAAGACGCUCCGAAUGAGUACUCUAGAGAUUUGCCAAGGAAAGGCAAUGAUCAAACCAUACAUAUGGUUCUUGAACAAUUGGCUGUCCUCAAUGCUAAGCUCGAAGAUUCCACUCGAUCCUCUAGGACCGAACAUUCGACGCCAACACAAGAGGAGCUCGGUAUGUACGCACUAGAUGAGAGAAUCGAAGGUGUGAACUAUGUGGCCAACAACCCCUACUCGAACACGUACAAUUCGGGGUGGAAAAAUCAUCCCAAUCUCUCAUACAAGUCAAACAGUGUUGAGAAUCCCGCGUCGAACAACUUCAGAGUAUCCGACAACUCGAACCAGAGGAUUCCUCCCGGGUUUGCUUUUCAAUCCAGGGGCCCUAAUCAGACAUCUAACUACAGAGCUCCGGGACAAUCCAACAACAAUGUUGCAUCUCCAGGUAACUCUGAGACUAACCCUCGUGCGCAUGUCAACGCUAUUACCUUAAGAAGUGGUAAGCAGUUUUUGCAGAGUCAAGAGAAGACGAAUCAAGAAUUUGCUCAGUUCGCAAGCAUCGAGGCUCACUUCAAGAACAUAGACAACCAGAUUACUCAGCUAGCAUCAGCCAUUCAAAGACCAUCUGGGUCUCUUUCAGGUAACUCUGAGACUAACCCUCGUGCGCAUGUCAAUGCUAUUACCUUGAGAAGUGGUAAGCAGGUAGAUUCUGGAGAUCCACCGAUGGUUGAGCAAGGCGAUAGCUCGAGAACCACAGUUUUAGAUACUGCUGAUGAUACACCUGAGCCAGCAUACGUGCCUCCUCCUCCUAGACCACCACCAGUACCGUUUCCAUCUCGCCUGAGGAAGCACAACGAAGACAGCCAAUUCGCGAAGUUCGUUGAGAUGCUGAAGCAACUCGAGGUAACCAUGCCAUUCACUGACGCUAUUUUGCAGAUUCCCUCGUACACGAAGUACCUCAAGGAUAUUCUGACCAAGAAGAGGGUCACUAAGAAAGAAACUGUGGCGCUUACUGCCGAAUGCAACGCUUUGAUCCGACACGAGCUCCCGCUUAAGUGGUCCGAUCCAGGUAGCUUUUGA